CAGAAAAUAUUUUAAUUUGCAAGUGUUGUGCUCUAGUGGUACAUACACAUCUGUAGGAUGAUUUGGUGAUCUACUCUUGAAACUAGAUGUGCACAAUAGUUGAAACUACCAUUUUCACAUUGUCUGACUUUAAUCAGACUAAACGUUUUCUGUUUUAGAUUAGUUAGGGUUAUUAAAAAUAAUUAAAAGCCAGAAUAAUGGCACAGACCAUUUUUAAUUACUUUCAUCAAAGUUGAAAGUUUAAACCAACACCUCAAAUGAUAUGUUUCAGGAAAUCAUAAAAUAAAAUAAUAAUAAUAAUUAAUCAGAGAAACUAUCUGGAAUCUAUUUGGAAAUGAAAUGCGGAUUUCAAUUUCCAGAUGCCUGAUUUUGUUGUUUUCAUCUCGCAAAUAAAUAUAAACAGAAAGCUUGGGAAUGUACAGACAUUCACCAUUCAUGAAGGAGACGGAAUCUGUAUCCCAAAGACAAACGUGUUUUGGUAAGAAGUGUAGCAAUCCUAGAAUAAUAAUAAAAAAGACAUUGAGAAGAAGCUGGUGAGAGAACACAGUGAAAGAAAUCAAGUAACGAUUUUGACUGAAAGGCCACUCGCAGACGAAGAAGCCAAAUUACAGCUUGCAAACGGCCCCAAGAAAGAAAAAGUCAGCUUUUGGAGCCAUGUCCUGUGAUCUGUUGAAAUUAAAACGAGCCAUUAACACUAUAAUGAAAAAAUGGGGAAGCUAGAGCCCUACAACACAAUCCAAGCUGUGGCAGCAUCAUGCUGUGGGAAGGUUUUGCUGUAGUAGGGAAAUGUGCUAAUCAAAAUGUAGAUGGCAUCAUCGGGAAAUAAUAUUACAUGUGAAUAUUGCAAAUAAAUAGAUUCUAAUUGUGUUUUGCAUAGUUUUGCAGUGCAUCCGUUCUGCAAACAGAACUCUUAAUUUUUAUUUCUAAAAAUUUUAAUUGCUUAUCUCAUUUUUUUCCCCUUAAUUUUGCGAGAUACACUUCCAUAAAGCUAACAGUGUUUCAAUCUGUUAAGUUUUCUUCAUUGUUCAAACAACAUUUACUUCUGCCCUUAAUUCACUGAAUAAGAUAGACAUGAUAAGAUAGUGGUGAGAGUGUUGCAACAGACUGAUUAACAAAACUGGGGGAAGGAAAUUGAACAGCACAUGCAUUGUAUUUAUUUUCAAGGGGAGGAACUUCAAAGUUUUGAUCCGUCCAUAAAAUUAUUUUCAGGAAAGUCACCUCUUAGAAGCGAUUCAGAGUUUGACCGCCAGAUGGCGACCGCGGUGAAGCUGACUCCAACAGCAGAAAGAUGAGCGAAGUAAAGUCCCACCUCUUCCUUUGGUGAUCCCCUUGAAUCAGAGUAACAACAGGAAGAGUGUUAUUUUUCACGCAGAGAGUAUUCACCGACUUCACAUUUAUCAUAUUACAAAUAUUAACCCCGAUUAAUAUAAUUUUUUUAAGAGGUUUUGCAGCUUGAGCAUGGCCCCGAAGAGAAAAGCCGCUAAAGCCGUCAAAGCAGGUGGGAAAAAGGUGAAAGGUGAACCCAAGGAUGCCUUCACUUCUACAAAAGAGGCGCUUCUGGCUGCGGGAUCACAGGUUAAAGGCAAAAGGAAGGUGGAUGAGCACUGUCAACUUGUUUCAUCCGGAGAGGUUCACGAGGACUACGACUGCAUGCUCAACCAAACAAACAUAGGACACAACAACAACAAGUUUUAUGUGAUCCAAGUUGUAAAAGCAGAAAACGCAUACUUCUCAUGGAACAGAUGGGGACGAGUGGGGGAAGUAGGACAAUCUAAACUGACUCCAUUUGCCACACUGGAGUCAUCCUUGAAGGACUUUGAGAGGAAGUUUAAGGACAAGACGAAGAACAACUGGAGUGACCGCAUGAACUUUGUCUCUCAUCCUGGGAAGUAUACACUGAUUGAGGUGGACGGAGAGCAGGACGCUGAGGUCAAGGUGGACACUGUUGAUGCAAAAGUCUCAAAAAAAGUCCUCCCAUGCACUCUUGAUGGCGCAACACAGAAUCUUAUUAAGCUCAUUUUCAGCAACGACAUGUUCAAGGAGGCAAUGAAAUGCAUGAAUUUAGACAUCAAGAAGAUGCCUUUGGGUAAACUCAGUAAGGGCCAAAUAGCAAAAGGCUUUGAAGUUUUGGAGGAGAUCGAAGCUGCUAUGAGCCAAAAAGGUGGAAGAGGACGCCUUGAAGAACUCUCAUCAAAGUUCUUCACCACAAUUCCCCACAACUUUGGCAGGAGCAGACCGCCAGCCAUUGACACCAAAGAGAUUGUUGAACAGAAGAAGGAGAUGCUUAUGGUGCUGGCGGACAUUGAGCUGGCCCAGACUCUGAAGUCAGAAACAGAGAAGGCUCAGGAUGAGAUGGUGGAGACGGUUCCUCAUCCUAUCGACCAAGACUACAUGUCUCUGAAAUGCAAGCUCUCCUUGCUGGCCAAAAAUACAGAAAUGUAUAAGGUAAUCGAGAAAUACAUGAAGUCAACUACGAGUAUGUAUAGCAAGCCAAAGAUAGUAAAUGUUUGGGAAGUGGACCGAGAGAAAGAGGGAGAACGCUUCAGUGAGAAUGAGAGUCUCGAGAACCGCCGCCUGCUGUGGCACGGGACAAACAUAGCGGUGGUGGCAGCUAUCCUGAAGAGCGGUCUCAGGAUCAUGCCCCAUUCGGGGGGCCGUGUUGGCAGCGGGAUCUAUUUUGCCUCUGAAAACGAAAAAUCUUUAGGUUAUGUGCGUCCCUCAAACAACACUGGAGUGAUGUUUCUCAGUGAGGUAGCUCUUGGCAAGGAGUUCACCAUCACCAGAGAUGACUGUAGCUUGAAGAAGGCUCCUGCCGGUUAUCACAGUGUGGUAGCACGAGGCCUCAUGGAACCAGACCCGUCUCAGGACACCGUCAUCACUCUGGAGGACAAGCAGGUUACUGUUCCUCAGGGAAAAGCCGUCGAACAGCCCCAAUACAAGAACAGCAGCUUCAGCAACAGUGAAUACCUGAUCUACAAGGAGAGCCAGUGUCGCCUUCGCUUCCUGCUUGAGAUAGAAAUGCGUUAACAGUUUCAGUUUAACAAGGAAACGAGGCUGUGCAGGUCAUCAGAGCAUAGCUAAUCCUACCAUGUUGCAUAAGCGCUUCUUUCUGUUUGUGCCUUAUAAUUGUAUGCAUGACCCAUAGAAUGUACUUUGGCUUUGCACAUUAAAUGAUGAUAAUCUUAAUGACAGUAAUAAUAUAUUACUCUGUACUGCAUAGAAGGUGUUUGCUUUAAUGUGUUGGUAACUUAGAGUUGACUAUGCUUACAUCUUGAAAGGGUUUAUUUGCACUCUAGGGGAUUUGAAGGAUAUCCCCCAACUUAACCCAAGAAGGUACAUGCUUAGCCUUUGGAAAAUUAUUAUUAUUUUGCUCUGAAAGCAGAGUAGAUGUAGCUAUGUGCAAUAUCUGCCUUGCUGUAAGUAACUGACAAGAGGAGAAAAAACAACGAAGGUUUUGUUUGGAACACUUUGAGAUUGCGAAAGGGGUUGACAAAAUGGUCUCUAAAAAUAUACAUUUUCGUUAUUUAAACAUCAUUUCCAGUAUGGAUUUUCACCUCCAUAUUUUGAAUAACAAAAGUAUAUCAGGAUCAGGAUCAAAGGAAAUGUACAUUUGUGUUUACAGAAGUAGUGGGAAGCUUAUCCUGUGGUUCAUAAUAACAAACUGUUUCUUAAACCAGUAAAAAAGACUGUGGAGGUAAUCAAAAGUGAUGUCAUAUGCAAAUGACUAACAUAUUUACAUAAUUGAGGUUUUAGACUGUCAAAAUGCUGCAACCUGCUGACCAACAAACUGUUUAUUUUGCACUGACAAACUCCUUGAAGGGUUCAAUAAAUUAAAAUGCAGAACUUGCCUGCAUUUAAGCAUA